CAUGUGCACAACACCCAAGAAAAAGUUGCAGAUUCUUCAACAACUCUUAUAUGCCCGGCCUCUUUCUCUGAAACCCCAUUGCCAUUGUUGCAUUUUCUUCAAAAGAAAUAAACACUGCUUAAUGGGUAUUUAUAGUUUUGAUUCAUAGAAAGCUUGCAGGGGAAAAAAAGAUCUGUCUUUGUUCAUGUGAGUGAGCUUAACUGAAGAAGAAAACUGCAAAGAAGGAAGCUUGUAAUCGGGAAAAGAAACAAAAAUGGUGGAAUUACACUGCCACAGCUACUUUUGAUGUUUGUUUGUUCAUUUCUCAUAUCUAUAUCGAUCUUUAAGUUUUACCCUUUUCGGAUUUUGCCAUCUGGGUUGAACUAAUGAAGAACAUUUACACUGUUCAAUUAGUUUUCACAAUCUGCAUUGUUCUGUUUGUGGGUUUCAUUUUGUGUCAAGAAAAUGGAGAUGAUAUUGCAUCUGUAUAUAUAGUUACCCUCAAACAAGUUCCAUCUUCUCACAUCUACACGACUGAGUUGAGAGAAAAGAACAAAGAUAGUUCUGGUGAAACUAAUCGAUUAAAUACACUUCCUCCAAGGAAUGUUUCCAGAGGUGGUGGUAAUCGACGUAGCAAUAAUUACAUAGCUCGACUUCAUGAUUCCCUAUUGAGGAAAGUUUUGCGAGGGGAGAAAUAUUUGAAGCUGUACAGUUAUGAUUACUUGAUAAAUGGGUUUGCUGUUCUUGUUAGUUCUAAACAAGCUGAGAAGCUUUCAAGGAGAAAGGAAGUUUCGAAUGUGGGUUUGGAUUUCUCAGUUCGAACAUCAACUACACAUACACCGCAGUUUCUGGGUCUUCCUCAAGGAGCUUGGUUACAAGAAGGUGGAUAUGGAUCUGCUGGUCAAGGAAUAGUAAUUGGGUUUAUUGAUACUGGAAUUGAUCCAACUCAUCCUAGUUUCUCUGAUCAAUUAUCUGAAAACCCAUAUCCAAUUCCACAGCAUUAUUCUGGGAUUUGUGAAGUUACUCCUGAUUUUCCAUCUGGAUCGUGUAAUAGAAAGCUGGUUGGGGCUCGUCAUUUUGCUGCUUCGGCUAUAACUAGAGGAAUAUUUAAUGCUAGCCAGGAUUAUGCUUCACCGUUUGAUGGAGAUGGGCAUGGAACGCAUACUGCUUCAAUUGCAGCAGGGAAUCAUGGGAUUCCUGUGGUAGCUGCUGGACAUCAUUUUGGCAAUGCUAGUGGAAUGGCUCCUCGUUCACAUAUUGCUGUUUACAAGGCGUUAUACAAGAGCUUUGGAGGAUUUGCUGCUGAUGUUGUGGCUGCAAUAGACCAGGCUGCACAAGAUGGAGUGGAUAUAAUAAGUUUAUCGAUUACUCCCAACAGGCGUCCUCCAGGGAUUGCAACAUUUUUUAAUCCGAUAGACAUGGCACUUCUAUCGGCAGUUAAGUUGGGCAUAUUUGUCGUGCAAGCAGCUGGAAAUACCGGGCCUUCUCCCAAAAGUGUUUCUUCCUUUAGCCCGUGGAUCUUCACAGUUGGUGCUGCUACUCAUGACAGGAUAUAUACUAAUUCCAUCCUUCUUGGAAACAACAUGACCAUCUCCGGAGUUGGACUUGCUCCCGGAACGGAGAAGGAUAAAAUGUACACAUUAGUGUCUGCUGUGGACGCUUUGAACGAAAAUUCAACUGGCGCAAACGACAUGUAUGUUGGUGAAUGUCAAGAUGCGGAUAGUAUAAAUCAGGAUGUGGUUCAAGGAAACCUUUUAAUCUGCAGUUACUCUAUCCGGUUCGUCCUUGGUGUUUCUACAAUCAAACGGGCUUUAGAAACAGCUAAAAACGUUAGUGCAGCUGGCGUGGUUUUCUGUAUGGAUCCUUUUGUCAUCGGUUUUCAGCUUAAUCCGGUUCCUAUGAGAUUACCCGGGAUUAUAAUGCCCUCCACCAAGGAUUCCAAGGUCUUGCUUCAGUACUAUAAUUCUUCUUUGGAAAGAAAUGGUACAAAGAAAAUUGUAAAUUUUGGUGCAGUUGCAUCAAUUGUGGGUGGAAUAAAAGCAAACUUUAGCUAUUCAGCUCCAAAGAUUAUGUACUAUUCUGCUCGUGGGCCUGAUCCGCAGGAUAAUUCAGUCGAUGAUGCUGAUAUCCUCAAACCGAAUCUUGUUGCUCCAGGGAAUUCGAUAUGGGCUGCUUGGAGUACCCUUGGUACCGACUCAGUUGAAUUUCAAGGCGAAGGCUUUGCAAUAAUGUCUGGAACCAGCAUGGCUGCUCCACAUAUAGCCGGACUUGCAGCGUUAAUCAAACAGAAGUUCCCGAAUUUCAGCCCUUCAGCUAUUGCAUCCGCACUUUCGACGACUGCUUCUCUUUACGAUAGAGUCGGUGGACCCAUAAUGGCUCAACGAGCUUAUUCCAAUCCAGACGAAAACCAGUCACCUGCAACACCCUUUGACAUGGGGAGUGGCUUUGUCAAUGCAACUUCUGCUCUUGACCCUGGCCUUGUUUUUGAUUUGAGUAAGUUUGUAUUAUACAGACACUAAAAUUGUGAAACCCGA